AUGUAUAACAUUAUAGAGCACCAACUCAAGUCCUCUGUUCCCUCACAUCAUCCUGGAACAGGAAUGCCACCUGCGAACGGAGUAGGGGGGCACGGGGGUGGCCACACAGGUUCCAAAUCACCGGCAAUCCAACCUGACCCGAUGGACAAAGUCAAGCGGCCCAUGAAUGCCUUCAUGGUCUGGUCUCGCGGUGAGCGAAGGAAAAUGGCUCAGGAAAAUCCCAAAAUGCACAAUUCUGAGAUAUCCAAACGACUGGGUGUCGCGUGGAAAUCUCUUACAGACGCCGAGAAAAGGCCCUUCAUUGACGAGGCAAAGCGCCUCCGCGCCGUGCACAUGAAGGAUUAUCCAGACUACAAAUACAAGCCCCGUCGUAAAACCAAACCGAUUCCGAAGAACAAUACUCUAGCCGCGCAGUAUCAGAUGUCGGCCGGUAACCACCUGCUGAGUGCGUCCGCGGCUCAGGGACAAGUUGGAAACCCCAGAAUGGAUGCAUAUGGCUGGGGCCACACAGGGGGCUACACUGCGGCGAUGCAGAGCGAGGCACUCGGCUACAGCCAGCAGCUUCACCGCUACGACCUGUCAGCACUUCAGUAUCAGUCCAGCAUGGCCCAGGCCCAAGCCUACAUGAAUGGUGCCAACGCAUACAGGUGAGUCUAGAUUGUUACCUUUUCUGUGAUUUGAAUUGCUGUCUACAGUGUAUUCACCUAUAUUUUCUUUCCAAUGUACAAAUGGCAGUUAUAGGCCUAAGCUGUUAUUGAAUCAACAAAACCCAUGGCCAGGUGGUUUUAUUGGCGCUAAUAGUCUAUUCCCAUCUUGUCCAUUUAUUUUUGGUCAGUGACCCCUUUGUGACUUUUUGAAGUCCUAGUUACUCUCGUUAAUUUGUCUCAAUUGAUUUGUAACCCAAUCUCCAAUCUCUCGCCCCCAGCCCCAUGUCCUACAGCAGCAGCCCCCAGCAGGUCAGCCCAGUGAUGUCCAUGGUGAAGCAGCAGUCUGAUAGCCACAGCAUGUCCCCCUCCCCCACCGGGCCCCACAGCCCCCUCCAGCAGCACCAUCACCAGGCCCACCAGCAGCACCAGACCCAGCGUGGUGUCCAGGGAGAACAUCUCAGGGACAUGAUCAGCAUGUACAUGCCUGGGGGAGAUGCCUCAGAGGCCCAGAGAGGGUACUCCGUCUCUGCAGCAAACAUCCAGCAGCAUUACCUGGGAGGGUCAGCUCCACUCACCCACCUUUGAAUUCACUCUCACGCACCUCUAAGCUGAACUCACCAACUCGCACACCUCUGAACUGAGACAUUACACUGAUUCAAACAACCUUGUAUCAUGCUGGUUGAAGUGCUGUCGACUCCCCUCCUAACUCUUGUUGGAGCCCCUUAUCCACAUCUGACCUCCUGGAUCUGACACUGAUAUUGUGGAAGUCCAGAAGGAUGGAUGUUGGCAAACAACCUGAUCUGACUUGAUAUGCUGGGAUUGACUGGUGGCAGCCCAAUGGGGUCAGUAAACGUGCAGGGACUGAAGAAAGAAAAUAAUAUUAAUUUUUAUACAAAGAUGAGAUCAUUCACUGACUGACACGGACAAUAUUGUGUGACAAGAUGAUGAUGUCAUCAUUGGUCAUUGAUUGGUUGAAUGGUUUCAGUGUACGUUCCAGUUGGAAUGCCUUGAUGGUUAUGAGUGAUUGCAAACCCCCAGAAAUUGUCCCAUUCUGCUAUUUCUCUAAACCCACCGUCUAAAAGAGUUUUAAUGACUGCAAUGGGAACUCAAAAAGUUGGAGUGGACGUAUUACAUUUUGUUUUCAUGAAUUCUGAACAAAAUGGCUUUGACGUUGACAAUCCCAAAUGUUUCUCUCAGACAACUGCCAUUUCUAUAUCCGUUCAGAAAAGGAAUUUACCUCUAAAUGGGUCUACACCCUGUAAUUUAUAUAAAAGUUAAACAGCAGUUGGUUUUUUCCACUUUUUGAAACACAAAACGGAACCAAUAUUUGAGGAUUUUGUUAGUGUUUAGUUUAAAUCAAUGCUGCUUUUCUGAGGUUCAGGCCUUAUUUACAGUUGUGAAAUGUAUUGAAUGUUUUUAUUAAUACCUUCUAGUAAGAGUAUUGUUAUUUCAAGUCACUUG